UCAUUGCCUUUGAGAUUAUCAUCGUCAUUCUCUUUGUCGUUGCACAGAUCUCCCAGUCCGGUGUUCUGAUCUUGUCGGAGGAAGAGAAGAGGACGCUCAUCUCUGAAGGUUACCCCAUCCCAUCCAAACUGCCACUCACCAAGCAGGAAGAAAAGAAUCUGAAGAAAAUCCGCAGGAAAAUCAAGAACAAGAUAUCUGCACAAGAGAGCAGAAGGAAAAAGAAAGAGUAUUUAGAAGCUUUAGAAAAACGAGUGGAGGCGUACAACCAUGAAAACAACGACCUCAAGAAGAAAGUGGAAAGCCUGGAGAACAAUAACAGGUCCUUGCUGGGUCAGCUCCAGAAGCUGCAGUCCCUGGUGAGCAAGAUGCCCAAAGCCGCUUCAGCAACACAGACGAGCACUGCCCUCAUGGUCAGUACCGACGUGGUCAUGUCUUUGUCACUCUGGUGAAAAAUGAGACUUAAAAUCAAUGAAAAAAGAUUGAAACUCCAAAGUUUCUCUGAAAGGUUUACUUACUGUUUAUUUGUCUUUCUCAGAUUUGGGUCUUCCUUUAUCAGCCUGGGGAAAGCAUGGAAGGUUUUCAUUCAAUAG